AUGAAGGAGGUGGAUUGGUUUUUGAGAGAGAGAGAGAGAGGAAGGAGAGUCAUAAUGAGAGAAGUAAAAGAGCAGGAGACAAUCAAUGCAGAAAUGUUUGGAUUGACCAUUUGAAGUAAUGAGAAGUAGAAGGGAAGAAGGGUUUGCCUUUAAUUCGGUAUUGGGAGCUGAGUGAGUGAGAGAGGUUGGUGAAAGGGAAGAGGGGGUGGUUGGACCUGUUUCUACCGCUGCUUUAUUUCUUCCCAGCCCUGGCCCUGGGGUUUUGAUGGGGUUCUUUGAUUGAUGAGAUUCUGGCUAGGACCACGGGUUCUAUUUGGUGCUGCCUCCUCUUACUUUGCUAAUCCACUGUGAGUUUUCUUAACAGUUUCGGGGAGUAUUUUGGACUCUUUGCUGGAUCUGGGGUACUUUUUCUGGAUUCCAGCUUCGGUGCUCUGGUUUUUUUUUUUUUUUUUAAUUUUCCCCUGUUUUCAUACAAGUUCCGCUUAAUUUGGGUUUUCUUAGAAUUUGGUGUCUGGGUUCUGGGAUCUUGUAAAUAUUUUGGAUUUUGGGUUUGGGUUUUCCUGGAUUUUUUGUUCCUUUUUCGUCGAGUUUUGUGGUCGUACUGAUCUCUGGUUUUUCUGGUGGCUUUUGUUGGGAUAUCUGGAAGAUUUGGACUUUGUGUUUUCUGUGGGAUUGAACUCGGGGGUACCUUUUCAUCAUUUUCCGGGUCGUUGACGAUGUGUUCCGCUUUCAAUUGAAUCCUAAAUUUGGGGUUCUUGAACCAGGGUCUUAAAUUAGGGUUUUAUCUAAUUACGGUUGAAGGUUGGAUUGGACACAGAUCUCCAUCGUACUCUUUUCCUUUUUACUUCUUCAGAUUUCUAUUCUUUCUCUUUUUCCUUUUCAUUUCUUUCGGGCCAAGUCCUCAUGAUCUAGUUAAAGUUGUGGCCGUUAAUGGAAGAAUAUUUUGAGUUUGCGUGUUUGAAUAUUUUGGAUAAAAAGUAAAAGACCCCUCAACCCGGUUAAAGUUCGGGAAUGUUGCUGAAUCUCUGCCAUCUUCCCUCCUCGCACCAAGAUUUUGAUUUUUGAAAGCAGAGGUUUGAUUUUGGGAAAGCUCGGAUACCUUUUGCUUUCUGUUGAACCUGGGGAGCAUUCAUGCAUCUUUCACUAUGGAAACCUAUAUCUCACUGUGCGGCCCUAAUCCUGGAGAAGAAGAGCAGAAGAAGAGAUGGUUCUGGUUUGACAGAGGAAGAAAAGCGAAAGCCCUCGAUCCUCCGGCAGUUGCAGGAAAACAAGCUCAGAGAAGCACUGGAAGAGGCAUCAGAAGAUGGGUCCCUCUCUAAAUCGCAAGACGUAGAUUCUGAUGCAUUCUCCAAUCAAGAUGGGAGCUUUGGGAGGUCAAGAUCCCUUGCUAGGCUCCAUGCCCAGAAAGAAUUCCUCCGCGCCACAUCCCUUGCAGCCGAGCGAACCUUUGAAACCGAAGAGUCCAUACCUGACCUUCACGAAUCCUUCUCCAAGUUCCUCACCAUGUACCCAAAGUUCCAAUCCUCUGAGAAGAUUGACCAGCUGAGGUCGAACGAGUACAGUCACCUCACCGAUUCGGCGGCCAAGGUAUGUCUCGACUACUGUGGCUUUGGGCUCUUCUCUUACUAUCAGACGCUUCAGUAUUGGGACUCUUGUGCCUUUAGCUUGUCAGAGAUAACUGCGAAUUUGAGCAACCAUGUUCUCUAUGGAGGUGCUGAGAAAGGCACCGUCGAACACGAUAUAAAGUCAAGGAUAAUGGAUUAUUUGAACAUCCCCGAGAAUGAAUACGGCCUUGUUUUCACCCUCAGUAGAGGGUCUGCCUUUAAACUGCUAGCUGAAUGUUACCCUUUCCAAACGAACAAGAAAUUGUUAACCAUGUUCGAUUACGAGAGCCAGUCUGUGAGCUGGAUGGCUCAGAGGGCUAAAGAGAAAGGUGCAAAGAUUUACAGUGCGUGGUUUAAAUGGCCAACCCUGAAACUCUGCUCCACAGAAUUGAGAAAGCAGAUCUCUAACAAAAAGAGGAGAAAGAAGGAUUCUGCAGUUGGACUCUUUGUGUUCCCUGUUCAGUCUAGGGUGACUGGGGCCAAGUAUUCUUACCAGUGGAUGGCACUUGCUCAGCAGAAUAACUGGCAUGUUUUGCUUGAUGCUGGUUCAUUGGGACCCAAGGACAUGGACUCUCUUGGUUUGUCACUGUUUCGUCCAGAUUUCAUUAUAACGUCCUUUUACAGGGUAUUUGGGGCUGACCCAACUGGGUUUGGAUGCCUCCUCAUCAAGAAAUCAGUGAUGGGAAGCCUGCAUAACCAGUCUGGCUGCACUGGGUCUGGCAUGGUGAGGAUUAUUCCGGUUUUCCCACAAUAUUUGAGUGAUUCUAUGGAUGCUCUUGACGGAUUGGCUGGAAUUGAAGAUGAAGGGAUUGAUGAGAAUGACAAUUUGACACUCGACACUCGUCGAGGAUCACAAUUACCAGCCUUUUCAGGUGCAUUCACUUCUGCUCAGGUAAGGGAUGUGUUUGAGACUGAACUGGAUCAAGAUAAUAGCUCAGACAGGGAUGGUGCAAGCACAAUAUUUGAAGAAGCAGAGAGUAUUUCAGUUGGGGAGGUCAUGAAGAGCCCGGUUUUCAGUGAAGACGAAUCACUUGACAACUCAUUCUGGAUUGAUUUGGGUCAGAGCCCAUUUGGAUCUGACCAUUCAGGUCAGUUGAACAGACCGAAAUUGGGAUCUCCCUUACCACCAUCAUUUUUUACUGGGAGGAAAAAUCAUAAGCAGUUCUCUCCCAAAGCAGCAUCAAAGAUAUCUAGGAGCCCAAUCUAUGAGGAUAGACGGGUAAAUCUUCGAUUGCAUGAAGAUCAUGUGCUGUCUUUUGAUGCAGCUGUAUUAUCAGUCUCACAGGAACUGGACCGUGUCAAGGAAGUUCCUGAAGAAGAGCAGUUUGCAGAAAUAGAUCCUAUGUCAGGAGAUAAUGGAAGGAAUGCAGAUUUUGAGCACAUUAGGGAGAUUGAAAAAGAAUCUGAAAUUAGAGAAGAAUCAAUGCAGACUGGGUCCAAGCUGAGUCAUGUAGUUAAUGGAUCUGGAAUUCAGCAUGAUAGCCUUCAGAAUGGCUCAACCUCUGAAAUUUGCCAAGAGACAAAAGAAAGCGCUAUAAGGAGAGAGACAGAAGGUGAAUUCAGGUUACUGGGAAGAAGAGAAGGUAACAGAUUUGCUGGAGGUAGAUUUUUUGGUGUGGAAGAGGAUGAAAGAGUUACAAGCAUGGGCCGGAGGGUAUCCUUUAGCAUGGAGGACAACCGUAAAGAACGCCUAAGCCAUGCUUUGGAGCCUGGGGAAGUUUCAGUGACUAUCCUUGGUGAUGAUGACUCCAUAAGUGAUGAAGAGGAUGGACAAGAGUGGGACAGGAGAGAGCCUGAGAUAGUAUGCCGACAUCUGGACCACGUGAACAUGUUGGGUCUCAACAAAACCACUCUCAGACUGAGAUAUCUUAUUAAUUGGCUUGUUACCUCACUUCUCCAACUCCGAUUGCCUGGUUCAGAUGGGGAAAAAGCAACGCCUCUUGUUGACAUAUAUGGGCCAAAGAUUAAAUAUGAAAGGGGUGCAGCUGUAGCUUUCAAUGUGAGGAACAGUAAUGGUGGAACAAUCCACCCAGAAAUUGUUCAGAAGCUAGCUGAAAAAAAUGGCAUUUCUUUGGGCAUUGGCUUCCUUAGUCAUAUAAGGAUUGUAGACGGCCCAAAGCAUCAUCGUGGAGAAUUAGACCUGGAUGACACUGUCUUGUGCAGAGCAGUAGCAAAUGGCCACCUUGACAGCAAAAAUGCCUUCCACCGCAUUGAAGUUGUAACUGCAUCUCUUGGCUUUCUUACUAACUUCGAAGAUGUGUAUAAGAUGUGGGCUUUUGUAGCUAAGUUUCUUAAUCCGUCAUUUGUGGAAGAGGAGAGGCUACCCACUGUCCCAGAGGAUUCAGAAACUUGAGAUUUUUCUGUAUGGAUGUUUUUGUUGCAAGUUUGAACUUUGAAGGAAGACGGAUCCCACCUCCCCUGCUGCAGCACCCUCCUCACGUGGAUAUAUGUAAUCCCUAUUGUUUGAGGUGCACGUUCUGGUAGUCAGGGUGUGGGAGAUGCAGAAGCCCAGCCUGUUCCUUCCAAUUCUUCCUUGAGAUAUUUCCCAUUCAAGCGGGUGAAUUUGUUUAUUCUUGUUUUGUUUUCUCUAUUCCUUGGAAUGUAUUUUUUUAACCCUCUUUUGGGUUCAUGUAGAGUUUGGUUUAGAAAUUUGUAUCAUCUCAGGAAGCCAUUUGGAACUUCAAGCAGAACUGAAAUUGGCCGAAGAAGCUCCAUUGUUUUAAUGGUCUCAUGCUUUUCUAGUCACAAAAUCACAGUAUUUUGUUAAUUUUA